AUGAGCUCCUUCGAUAUCACAGCUACAAGAAAGAGCUUCCCAUCAUUGGACAAGAAGCAAGUGUAUUUUGACAAUGCCGGUGGUAGUCAAACCUUAGGGACUGUCAUAGACAGGAUCCAUGAUUACCUCAUCAAUUCCAAUGUUCAACUCGGUGGUUCAUACAAUGUCGGCAAGAAAGCAAAUACAAGUUACUCUGCAGGAUAUGAAGCAGCGGCAAAAUACAUCAAUGCACCCCCAUCCAAUAUUGUCCUCGGUUCAAGCACAACUCAAAAUUUCCGAAAUCUUUCCCAGGCUUUUGACUUUCCACCGGAUUCUGAGUUGAUCAUAUCAUCCAUUGAUCAUGAAUCAAACAUUGCGUCCUGGGUCGCUCUCGCUGCAUCUCAAAAGUUUACUAUCAAAUGGUGGACUCCACCUGCGUCAAGUAACCCAAUUCUGACUCCUGAAUCACUUCGCCCCCUUCUCUCCUCAAAGACCGCUCUUGUAACCCUCACUCACGCCUCCAACAUUCUUGGUACCAUCCACGAUAUUCGCGGCAUUUCCGACCUCGUGCACACCAUCCCAGGCGCACUCCUCUGCGUCGACGGCGUAGCUUACUCUCCUCACCGUCCUCUCGACGUCCAAGCCCUCGGCGUAGACUUCUACGCCUUCAGCUGGUACAAAGUCUACGGCCCCCACAUUUCCCUCCUCUAUGCCUCUCCUUCCACUCUCUCCUCCCUAAAAUCCCUCGGCCACUACUUCAACCCCAGCAAGACCCUCGCCGAUAAACUCGCUCUCGCAGGCUCAAACUACGAGCUCACAGGCUCCAUCCCAAAAGUUGUCGAAUAUUUUGAAAAUCAAUCUUGGGAGGCAAUCUGUCUUCAUGAAGAAUCGCUUCAGAAAACUCUCCUUCAGUAUCUUCUAUCUAGAUCCGAAAUCGAGAUUCUCGGUGAACAAUCUUGGGAUACGAAAAAGAGAGUUUGUACGAUCAGUUUUCUCGUGGAAGGAUUCGGAAGCCGGGAAUUUGUGGAAAAGGUGGAUGAGAAAAGUAUGGGAGAAGUGGGAAUUAGAUGGGGAAUGUUUUAUAGUAAUCGAUUGUGUAAAGACGUGUUGGGAUGUGGAGAUCAGGGAGUGGUGAGAGUUAGUUUCGUGCAUUACAAUAGCUUGGAAGAAGUAAACCGAUUGAUUGGCAUUUUUGAUGAGAUUCUUGGGAAAGCAUAG